AGGUGAGGAGGAGAGCCACCACAGAAGAAGAAGAGCAGCAGGAAGAAGAAGAAAGUGUGAACUUGAUGCUCCACGCGAGGAUUUAUUGAUCAGAUGGAAGGCCAGUCAGGUGACAUACCAGUGACACCAGCAAACAGGAAGUGCUCUGCUGUCACAGGAAGUGCCCGGAAAAUCAAAGACAACGCAGCUGACUGGCACAACCUGAUGCUGAGGUGGGAAAAACUCAACGACGAAGGAUUCAAGGUGGCAGGAAACAUCGUCGACAUCAGACUGACACGUUCUCAGAGCGAUCAGCUGCUGCUGGUGGACGAGUCCUCAUCAGCUUCAUCAGCUUCAUCAGCUUCGUUGCAGCAGACAGGAGGAGCUACAGAGCUGCAGGACGAAUGCUGCAAGCUGCAGGACAUCGUUGACAAAAUGGCCAUCGUGGUGACAAAGAUGGAGCGUCUGAUGACAUCACAGCAAGGUGUUCAGGAUCUGGAGGAGUUUCAGUUUGGACUUGAAGGAAGAAAACUUCCUCUGUUUCACAGCUGGAACACCAAAGACUUCAACGAGUCGUCUCGUGUCCUGUUGGACUCCUUCAGUCAGGAGCUGAAGUUGAAGCAGACGAUCCUGCAGGAACUCGCCCACACUGCGACCUCUGACCUCUGCAUGGUCUAUCUGUCCUGCUGGCUGCACCAGCCCUUCAUCCCCCCCCAGGCCAGACUGACCCUGGAGGCUGUGCUUCUGGAGACUGGGCACCGCCCCCUCUGAUGUCAUCAGACUGAAACACAAGCAGAAGUUGGCUGUACUUCCUGAGGCUGCUGGUGAACUCAGGAUCCGCUGAUGGACUGUAACAUGAUGGAUGAUGUUGGGCAUACGAGCAGAGCGUCUGUCAGUGCUCUUCAGGUCUGUUCCUGAGCAGCUCAGGUCUCUGAGGCCUGACUUUGUCUUCAGUUACAAACAGUAACACUAGUACUGUUGUAAUAUACACUGAAGUGGAAAUACAAAUACAUCUCUGUGAGAGUUCAAAAUAUCCUUACAAACAGGACGCAGAGCAACCUAGAAGUAUUUCCAGGAUAUGUCGAAUGCAAAUUAAUAAAAACAUGUAGUGAUGGAAUACAAAGCCUAAUGCACAGUAAUGCAAAAGCAAUGGGAGGUAACAUGUAUGUAAUUCAUAAAGUCCCACAAUGCAACUCCUCUGUGGCGAUAGCCGAGGCCGGAUUGGAGACAUUAUGUCUUCAGGUUGUCCUUCCAUCUAACUGUACGCAUGUCUGUCCCAUUCCUGUAAACGUGCUAUCUCAGAAAUGCCUUUGGGAAAUUUCCUCAGCUUUGGCACGAACGUCCACUUGGAUUCAAUGAUGAAUUAAUUGAUAUGUUGGCGGUCAUAGUUCAAAGGUCAAAGUCACUGUGACCUCAUCUGUCUCAUUCUUGUGAGGGCCAUACAUCAAAAAUGUCUUGAAUUGUUUAGAGAAAACGUUCACUUGGACUCAGCAUGGAACUGAUUAGAAUUUGGUGAUCAAAGGUCGGGGUCACUGUGACCUUGCAUUCAUCUCAUUCUCGUGAACGUGAUAUCUAAAAAACCCUUGAGUAAAUUUCUUCAAGUUUGGCACAAACGUCCACUUGGAUUCAA